AUGAGAUGGCUGAAGAUCCAGCUUCAUCAGGCGUGGGCUGACACGAUGGUAUCCCCAAUGCAGGACCCCAUCCUGUACUUUCAAGGGCCCCCAGAGCAUGACUUCGCUGCACAGCAGAAUUUUCACCGUCCGCUUUCCAGACCCAAGCCAGAGCACCCUGCAUCCUCCUGCAUCUUCAUCCAAUUCCUGGCAGAGCUCGAGGAGCUCAUCGUGUUCCUUCAGCCCUUAGAGACGCCGGCCAUGGCGCUGGUGCGGAUCCGCCGCGGCGGCACGCCCAAGGCGCCCAGCGACCAGCUGAAGACUCGCGCGCGCCUGCGCCAAGCACGCGCGGGCGCGCGGGCGGGCGGCGCGGGCUCCCAAGCACAGGCAGGCACGGGCACUGGAGGAUGGGGACUGUGA